GAAACAUUGGAACAGUUCAUGCCUUAUAUUCGAUUUACGGCAAUCUCACGUCCUGAUUUCUAUGAUAAAGUUCGACCGUACAAACAGAUUCUCGGUCAUGAAUUAUACGAAGAGUUGAUGCAAUUCCAUUUUAAAGAUAUAAAACCAACAAGUGCCGAUUUACCGGCAAGAAUAGCAUACUCCAGAAUUGAUUCCGUUAUUCUAAAACCAAAGCAUGCUGCUGUUAUUUCAAAUUGGAUCGAACGAAAAGAAUCACCAUUUGUCUUUUCUAAAAAGAACGCCUACCAAUUUGACCUCAUCUAUCGCGGUACACGUGAUGGUUUUAGUAAUGUCGCCAUCAUAAAUAGAUGUCAAAAUUAUGGUUAUCGAAGAAGCAUGAACAAUACACAAGGUUUUCAAUCUGGAUUUUUAACUCAGAUGGAAUGGAAGUAUAGCCUUGAUAGUUUUUUGUUUUAUUCUGAUGAUAUGAAAAAUAUAAAGACAAUGCAUUUGAGCAGAGUUAGUACUCCUAAUCAGGCGCAUUACGCUUCGACUCACCAUGCGGUAAAUUUUGGUAAUAGUGAUCUAAUUUGUAAUGGGUUGUCUGGUUCUUGUUAUAAGAAUUAUUACCAGUAUAGACUUUUAGAAUCGGAGUUUACUACCGAAGAAAUUGAGAUAUUUGCCGUAAAUUCUCAAUAA